AUGCCGGCUACCGUGCCGCACGCCAUCGCGUCUGUCUCCAACGCCAUCGCUCCUCCAACAACGACACCCGACCCGUCCACGCGGUUCGCUCAGCCGGUCUCCGAGGCGGCGGGCGAGCUCGGCACCGCGCCGAUUCCACUGCCUAUGACUCGGCCGGCUAACGCCACCGCGGACGUCGGUCACGACCUUCUGCGACCCUCACUGCAUCCCACGUCAGGCGUCCUCAACGAACCACUGGACGCUCCUGCGGGCCUUGACCCCCAUUUGCCCGGCCAGCUCGUGGCUCACUCACGACGCGAGAAAGAAGAAGACGACGACCCGAGGGCAGGGAGUGCUAAAUUCGAGCGUUCAUUGUCCGGUGCAAAAUUCGCCGCCCCACUGGAGAUGAACCGCCUGAGCCGAGCUCGCAAGCACGCCGAGCGCGGAGCGUACCUGGAGAUCGUGUCUAACGAUCACGCAGCCGCCCUGGCCCAUUACACGCAGGCCGCCAUGCACCUGGAGAACGCGCUGGAGAUCAUCCUCUGCCGCAUGCGCGCGUACGCUGCCAAGCUCGGGACGCUCAGUCCUCACGUGGCUUCGCCCGAGCGAUGGGAGCGUAUCUCUCUACCUCCCUGCCGCACCCGGGCCGUGGACAAGCGCUACGUCUGCGAGAUGGACGGCCUGGUCGUUCUGGGCCGCCACUGCGGUCGCUGCGUUGACGUCGGCUUUCCGGACGUGCUGCGGCAGCUCUUGCAGUUCACGCAAAUACCGAGCUUCGGUGGCUCCCAGGCGUCCCCUCGCGACAGGCACAAGUCGUGGCGAACCGUGCUCCUGUCGGGUCCCGCUGCCACCGGCAAGCACAGCCUAGCGAGAGCGCUGAGUAGCGGCAUCCGCGUCUGCUCGGUGUCCUACGUGUACGUGCCGGAGUUGCUGCGCAAGCCGAAGCACAAGCUAGAGCUGGCCGUCAGGAGCAUCUUCGACGUUACCGGAUCGGUGGUGCCCACAGUGGUGAUCCUGGACGGGGUGGACGAGAUAUGCAGGGUGGGAGCAGCGCACGCGUCCAAGGUCUUCUCCGAGUGCAUACAAGAUGUCCUCGAUGACUGGGACCGCGACCCGGCGUCUCGCCGGUACGUGAUCGGCGUCACCAACAGCCCGUGGCUCCUGACCUCCGGCGUGCAGGCGUUGUUCCAGCGGCGCGUCUACGUCCCGCUUCCCGACCACACGUGCCGGGCCACGAUUGCGCAGCACCUCCUCUCGGGCUCCGACGGCUACGCGGCCUCACUUUCACUCGGUGACAUCGCGGAUGCCACGGAGGGCUUCACGAGCACCGAGCUCGCCAUGUGCCUGCGCAGCCCCUUCUGGCGCAUCGACUCGCGCAAGAAGCUCGACGAGCGGUUCGUGGACCUGGUCAGCGUCUCCGGCUUGGGAAGCGUGCGCUGCUGCUGCUUCUGCGUCGAAGAGGUCGAGCCGGACGAGGAACUGACGACGCCGCAGCAAUUGUCGGACCUCUCGGAAGCGGGGCCCGAAGGUCCCAGCACGACGCCGCUCAUCGCCGUCGACGCCGAGCUGCAGAAGGCCAUUGGGGCCAUGACCCGAGUGCUGGCGCAGAACGCGAGACCUAGACCGCCACUCCGACAGGCCGCGGUGAGGACGUCGUCGAGAUCGUCGGUGCGGAACUGCAUAAUUUCCUGA